AUGCGAGUUGUUGGAGUCGCAGCUGCAGGUUUACCUCAUCUGACGUCACUGGAGAGGAGCAGCGGGCUGGACCCUGCAUAUCGCCCCAAGUUUCCCACUACGACUACAACGCUUCCUUGGAUCUUUGGGGGACUAGCACCGCCGGCAGCGCUCUUUCCCGCCGAGGUGCGCUACAGUCUCCCCCUUCCCGACCUCGCCUGGGAGGUACUGGGAACCGGUGCUCCUUCAGCUGCGGUACCUUACGGAAACUCUGCCCGCAGUGUAUUUCGCAGGCAUUUCAUCGUAUUACUCGGUAACCCGUAUAAUACCAAGACAAUGGAUAAUUCCCGCGACGUGUGGCAGGCCCGUUCAAGUUCAACGGUCCAACGGCUGGCUACCGGUAACAAACAUAGUAGCGAUGGUACCCUGGCAAUGUUGGUUCGCCCUUUUGGAUUGUUGGCCAUGAACCGCCGCCAAACCGCCAUUCCCAUGCUUCUAACCUUCUUUCUCCUCAUGCGCUGCGCAUUUCUCCACGUUGCCUUGCUCGGACAGUUCGUGCCCCAUCAGUUACUUUGUGGCCCAAACGCAGACACUGGCAAGCUGGCACCUCCCAUGGACGACGCACGCGACUGGACCGGGCCCAACUUGCCAGCGCCAGCAAUAGCCCCCCCGCAAAACACCAGCGGUCAGCCGAUCCUCUCUGGCGUUUCGCCCCCUUCGCUGUCGUUCGUUCCUUUCGUCUAUCGUCUUUCCAACGCUCUUUGA